AUGCCGCGUGCCAGUGCUUUCACCCCCCUUAGAGGUAACCAGGUGCCGGAUCCCUACAGACACGCUCUUGACCGCAUGGCCGUAGAGGACAUCAGGUACUGCUGCCAUGAUGAGCACUGGGAGGCGGUUCCGUUUGACAAGAUAGCUCUGUAUUCUGGAUGGUUGGUCGCCAGCUCGACCAUUGUUGUAUGCUAUCUUCUGGAGCGCGUCAUGCGUCAGUUUGAAUAUGAGCAGACGAUACCUCGCGAUCCUACAUUCUCAACUCCUCUCUCCAUGGCUCACAGGCAAUUAGACGAGGUCUUUGCAGACUGGGAGCAAGACAUGGUCCCUAAGGAGGCACGGGCGACGCUAGCAGAGCACGUCUGGAGUUGUGCAGAGGGGUACAUCACAUGGUACUAUAGAGUCUCACAUUCAUACAUGCUUCCAGCUGCAGAGGGAGGUCCUCCCAGACCAGCCCACGAGGAAAUUCUCCGUUCGCAACAGGCUCAGUUGGACCACACUAAGGGUCUUCUUCCUCUGUGUCGUCAGAUAGCUGACGGGGGGGAUCGAUGCCAUUGCAGAAGGUUUAUUCCCUAA